AUGGACAAGUCGAACUCUGCUGUCAACAACAAAGAGCGAAAUUGUCGGCAACAAGCUUCCCGGAAGUGCACGACAUGCAGAGCCAUUGUCCAUGACGACCACCGUUGGAACCUGCUCUUCUCCUCAUCACCCUCAAAGUACGCCCUGAAGCCUGCUUUUGCUUUUGGCGUCGUCGUCGUCGUUGUUGUCGUCGUUGCCCCGCCCCGUCGUACUACCGGUAACAGACAGCCAAGGUACAUGACCCAACCCUGCGCAUCGGCCGUUGCUGUGGUAAACAACUGCGGUGCACCCGAACCUUGUCCACGCUUAAUCGCAUCUACCCAGGGUAUCAAAACCCACCUGAAACCGACGUCCUUGAACCCGGCCUCUUGCCUCGCAACAUCCCAGAUCAAGCAGCGAUACAUCAUACAACCCGUCCCAGCUGUGUAUUGGCCUGCCAUCUCCUACCCUGCCCGCGCAUUUGGAUUGCCGACUCAGCCAUUACCACACCAUGUCCUACAACCGGCUGGACACUUUGCAUUCAAAGGCUCCCCGCCCAACCCUUACGACAACGACAUGGACCCGAGACGGCCUGGCCCAGGGCGGACGCCUUCUCCCGGGCAGCCUCUGCGCGGCUAUCAACUCGAAGACCGCUAUGCGUCGCCCGCACCGCCACCUAGUGGCAUUCUCGAGAUUCCCAUGGGCCCAAACCCGGCAGCAGCUUCAGGCGACAGGCUCCCCCUACAGCCCAGUUACUCUGUGGAGAACAUUCCCUACACUGCAGGCAACUACCACGAUGACUACGACCCACGACCGCAACGACACGACAGCGAUUACUCACUCGACCCUCAAGCGCAUCAUGACCAGUACUACAAUCAGCCUUAUGACCCAUCACCAAACGAGGGAAACGCGCAGCACGGGUACGGCACACAGCCAACACACUAUUGGCAAGAUGAGGAUAUGAACAGGCCAAUGAUCCAAGGUCAAAAUUCAUAUGGCCCAGAUCCACACCAGGACCAUGGAGAAGAAGACAUGGACCCAGAAAAUCCCUUUUCCGACGAGCCAGCGCCCACACCGAGCCCAGCGCCAAUCAAAAGAUGGAAGACUGUAAAGGAAGUUCAGCUGUUCAAAGGCAACCUGGUGCUGGAUUGUCCCAUUCCACCCCGACUACUCAACCAAGUUCCACAUGCACAGCCCCCGGAGCGUGACGAGUUUACCCACAUGCGAUACUCCGCCGCCACAUGCGAUCCCGCAGACUUUGAUGCGGAUCGCUUCACAUUGCGUCAGAAGCUUUUUGCGAAGCCUCGGCAUACGGAGCUUUUCAUCGUAGUCACCAUGUACAACGAAGAAGAUGAGCUGUUUGCGCGUACCAUGAUGGGUGUAAUUAAGAAUAUCGAGUAUAUGAAUUCGCGAACCAAUAGUAAGACGUGGGGCAAGGACGCGUGGAAGAAGAUCGUGGUUUGCGUCGUCAGCGAUGGGCGUGCCAAGAUCAACCCUCGGACAAGGGCUGUGCUAGCUGCACUCGGUGUCUAUCAAGAUGGCAUUGCCAAGCAGCAGGUGAACGGCAAGGAUGUAACGGCCCAUAUUUAUGAGUACACCACGCAGAUGACCCUCGAUAUCAAAAAGGGUGUUGUUGGUGUCAAGAAGGGCAACACCCCAGUGCAGAUGCUCUUCUGUCUGAAGGAGAAGAAUCAGAAGAAGAUCAACUCACAUCGAUGGUUUUUCCAGGCUUUCGGCACUGUCCUCGAUCCCAACAUUUGCGUGCUCAUUGAUGCUGGUACCAAGCCCGGAAAAGACUCCAUCUAUCAACUCUGGAAGGCUUUCGAUCUAGAGCCCAUGUGCGCUGGUGCCUGUGGUGAGAUCAAGGCUAUGCUUGUGCGGGGAAAGAAGCUGCUGAACCCUUUGGUCGCCACACAAAAUUUCGAGUACAAGAUGAGUAAUAUCCUGGAUAAACCUCUCGAAUCAGCAUUCGGUUUCAUCACUGUGCUUCCCGGCGCCUUCUCCGCAUAUCGCUAUGUGGCACUGCAAAACGACAAAACUGGCCAAGGUCCCCUCGAGAAGUACUUUGCAGGCGAGAAGAUGCACGGAGCGAAUGCUGGCAUCUUCACAGCCAACAUGUAUCUCGCUGAAGAUCGUAUCCUGUGUUUUGAACUGGUAUCCAAGCGAAACUGCCACUGGAUCUUGCAAUACGUCAAGUCUGCAACGGGCGAGACGGAUGUUCCAACAACCAUGUCGGAAUUCAUCAGUCAACGUCGUCGCUGGCUUAACGGUUCCUUCUUCGCUGCUGUCUAUGCCCUGGCCCAUUCUUUCGACAUUUUCCGCAGCGACCACUCGUUCAUGCGGAAGAUGAUGUUUCUCGUCGAAUUUACUUACCAAACGAUCAGCAUGCUGUUCGCAUGGUUUGCUCUUGGUAACUUCUUCUUAGUUUUCCGCAUUCUCACGGCUUCAUUACAAAAUGAGCUUGGUACUACCGGAAAGGUGUUGUUUAUCAUCUUCGAAUGGUUAUACAUCGCGGUCUUGAUCAGUUGUUUCAUCUUGGCUCUUGGAAAUCGACCCCAGGGUUCGAAUAAGUGGUAUAUGUCCAUGGUGUACUUCUGGUGUGUCAUCAUGGCCUACCUCAUGUUUGCAUCCGUCUUCAUCGCGGUGAAGUCUGUCCAGAAGCAGGUCCGCGAGAAUCAAGGCUUUGAAUUCGCAGACCUGUUCAGGGAUAGGAUCUUUGCUACGAUGAUUAUUUCGCUACUGUCUACCUAUGUCAUGUGGCUGCUAGUCUCGAUCAUCUUCCUGGAUCCCUGGCACAUGUUUACCUCUUUCUUUCAAUAUCUUCUCAUGACGCCAACCUACAUCAACAUUCUAAACGUCUACGCCUUUUGUAAUACGCACGACAUCACAUGGGGCACAAAGGGUGACGACAAGCCUGAGAAGCUGCCUUCAGUCGUUACCAAGGCCGAUGGUAAGGCCGAUAUCCAAGCUCCAACAGAUGACGCCGAUCUCAACACGCAGUACGAAACCGAGCUCCGCGUCUUCAGCUCCAAGUGGAAAGAAGACAAGAAGGUUCCCUCGGCCGGUGAAAAGCAAGAAGACUAUUACCGUGGAUUCCGCUCUGGUGUCGUCUUAUUCUGGAUGUUCUGCAAUCUUGGUCUCACGGCUCUAGUCCUUCAAUCAGGUGGCCUGGAGCUUACCGUCAGCAAUCCAGAUGAGGCGCAGAAGAAGCAGACCGAAACAGCAACGAUAUACCUUGCGGUUGUGUUGUACAGUGUUGCUGGUUUAGCAGCAUUUAGAUUCGUGGGAGCCAUGUGGUUCUUGGUUGUGAGGAUGUUCCGUGGCGUGUGA